AUGAGUGAAUGGUGGACACUGAAUGGUGGAUACACCUGGCGUUUAGUUGCGCAAGUUGUGGAUGAUGGUCGUGUUGGAUUCAACCGUUCAUGUAUAGAUCUGGAACCUUGGCAGAUCGUCUCAUACACUUUAUCCGUUGUUUGCUUCUUCAUCUGGCUACGGAGACUGUUAAAAGCAAAUCGUCCUCUUUCCACCUGUAUUCGUGCUUUGAUUUUUUCCGCAUUUCGGAUGAUGCCUUGGGUAAAUACGCAAAUAAAAGAAGAAAUGGAAAAAGCAAGAAGAGAUCUUGAAGAGACAAUACAUCAGUACGAUAAGAGAAAAGAAUUCUACAAGUUCUUGCCGGAGCAUGGACUUGCAACUAAUAAUAUAAUUCAUGAGGCAGAGUUAUAUAAAACAAUGAGUGAAUUUUCUUUUCACGAAGGUCACGUUUCCGGAGUAAUCUUUACUGAUGUCGAUAAAGAGCACCGAGCAUUACUGCAAAAGGUGUUCGAGAUGUUUGUAUAUUCGGACUCUCUAUAUCCUAAUCUUUUUCCUGGCUGUCGGAAAAUGGAAGCAGAAAUUGUACGCAUUGUUGCAUCACUUCUUCAUGGUGGACCUGGCUCUUGUGGAACCGUUACGUCGAACGAUACAGAAAGCAAUAUAUUGGCAUGUUUCGCUUAUCGAAAUCGCGCAUUUAGUCGUGGAAUCAGGCAUCCAGAAAUGUUAGUACCGGCAACUGCUCAUGCAUCAUUCGAUAAAGCAGCGAAAGUAUUGCAAAUGCGUAUUCGCCAUAUUCCCGUUGAUAAAAACCAGCGGGUUGAUGUAGGUGCAAUGAAGCGUGCUAUCAGUAAUGAAACUUGUAUGCUCGUGGCAUCAGCCCCGAAUUAUGCAUUCGGUACUAUCGACAACAUAGAAGCGAUUUCUGAGUUGAGCCAACGAUAUGGUAUUCCUUUGCAUGUUGAUGCAACUCUUGGUGGUUUCAUUUUGUCAAUAAUGGAACGAUGUGAUUUUGCAGUUAAGUCGUUCGAUUUUCGUGUACCCGGCGUUACAUCAAUUUCCUGUGAUAUUCAAAAAUAUGGUUUUGCUCCAAAUGGAACAUCGUUAAUACUGUAUCGCGACUCAUCCUUGCUUCAUUACCAAUACUUUUGCGACAGUGAAUGGCCUGGUGGUAUAUAUAUGACACCCACGUUAGCUGGUAACAGAGACGGAUGUGCAAUAGCUUUAACGUGGGCUACUUUAUUGUACAACGGAAGACGAGGCUAUGUAAAACGAACGGAGGCAAUUAUUAAUGCAGUGCGUGAGAUACGAACAGGCAUUGAGAAAUGUUUGCACAUACAAUUGUUAUGUGAAUCAGAUGUUACAACUGUUGCUUUUACAACGAGAGGUCUCAAUGUUUAUGCCUUGGCAGAUCGUAUGAAUAAGCUGGGAUGGGUCUUGUCUACUCUUCAAAAUCCGCCUGCUGUUCAUAUAUGUGUUACAUUGAAUCACACGAAAUCAGGUGUUGUGGAAAAUUUUCUUCGUGAAUUGAAUAUGGCGUGCGAAGAUCUGGUGUCAAAUCCUGAAUUCAGCCAUCAGUCAAGAACCGCUGCGAUCUACGGUAUGGUAUCUGCUGUACCAGAUCUGGUAGAGGAAAUAUCUCAGAUGUAUCUUGAUAGCUGUUAUGCAAUGCCGUUACCACCAUCUGGUCGUACACUGAGUGUUGAGGGAAGAAAAAAAAGCCUCAUUCCAGAUUAA